GGAGUUUGGAUAAAUGCACCAAGUAGUUAGAGCCAGAUAAGACCUUGCAGUUGGAGAGGGAUUAAAAAUGGAAAUUUUUUUUUAUUUUUUUCUCAUGGAAAUGGAAAAGUAGAGCAGCUAUUUAUAGGAAACCACAGAAAACGCUGAAUCUGGUGAGGCUUUAGGACCUUGAGGUUUGCACUGCAAAGGACACCUCUUCCUCCUCCACCACCACCGCCUCCACCGCAGAAGGCUGUUUACGAAGUAAGCUGAGAGCUCGUCUUGACAAAAACAAGGGCUGGGACUGCAGCAAGAGGGGCAGUGUGUCUGAAUCCAGCACAGGCUCGUCCUCCAUCGGAAACACUUUGUAUAUAUUGAAAUAUAUAUAUAUACAUUUUUGGUGUAGAGGGAAAAUGCUGUCUGUGAAAUCAGCCCGUCAGCUCUGCAAAGUGUUUUUCUCUUUGCACGUUGUUUUCCUGAGCGUGGCUCUGGUGGAGAGCAGGGCAUCAAAUGGAGACCAAAAAGACUGCGUGAGAUCCCAUGGUGUGGACUACAGAGGAGAACAACAGAACUCCUCCUCAGGUCUGAGCUGCCUAAUCUGGACCAAUACUACAAGGGACUAUGAUGUUACAAUCCAUCCAGAUUCAGAAAAAGGUGUUGGAGAUCACAAUUACUGCCGAAACCCAGACGCCUCUGAGAGGCCUUGGUGCUACAUUGCUGGCCCAGAUGGAGCAAUUCAGAGAGAAUCCUGUGCACUUGAGACAUGCAAAGAACAAUACUCUUCCAUACCAGCAAAGACUGAAUCCCUCAGCACAAAAGCAACCACUCCCUCCACAGAGAGCGCUCAGCCAGCCAAAGCUUCGCGGGGAGAUGUUCCAGCUCUGCAGCCAGUGAUGGGGAUCAGCCAGCGAGUUCAUACAGGACCAAAAAAGAAGAAGGACCUUGGCGCUAUUGGAUAUGUCCUUGCUAUCAUCAUGAUGGGGAUUAUAAUCAUCCUUGGAGUGGGCAUCACAUUGGGCUACUUCUAUAAGAGGGGUCGGGACCUGAAGAAGCAGCACGAGCAGCGGGUCUAUGAGCGUGAGAUGCAGAGGAUCACCCUGCCCCUGUCGGCUUUCUCCAAUCCCACCUGUGAGCUUGUAGAUGAAAACACCAUUGUUAUCACAGCAGAGCAUGAGACCACUCCCGUGCAGGACGACGCGGAUGGCGGAGACCCUCUCAUGGCCCAGCAAGCCGGUACCCCUGGAGCAUGAGCGGGCAUCUAGUUCCUGAUGAUUUUUCUUUUCUUUUAUGGACCAAAGCACUCCCAUCUCCCUGUUUCUCCUUUCCACCUCCCUGAGUAAUGUCUAUUUUAAAGGAGCAGGGGGCAGUGUUGUCUCCGGAGACUUGAACUGAAUGAAGCUUUGUCCUUUCUGUAUUUGUUCUUAACACGUGAGGCACAAACAAGAUAAGUUCACACACAGUGGACACAGCCUUAACAACUAGAAACCCAUUACAGUGGAUCUGUUGUUAAUGAGCACGUCUGGAGGUCUUUAAUGUUCAUAUCUGAUACUUUUGAUAGCCAAGAGAAUAAGGGCUAUUCUCUUAAAUAACAAUAAGAAUAUCAAGUCAGUGUUUAUAAUAAUACGUAAUGACACCAGUGUGUAAAGAGGUGUUGUUUGGAACGGGGAAAAUGUUCAUAACCUUUUGCUUUUCAAGGGAGGUUUGAUUAUGUGAUGGAUAUCUGGUUUAUUUUGAUUUGUAGUGACCUGCUGGCUGUGCUGGCGGGGAGGCACAGACAAGAAACCUGUGCGCACAAAGACCGCUUUUUCUUGCGUGCACACUUGUGAUACAGAUGUGGUCCAAAAAUAGUCUCCCUCUUGAGACAGGAUGAGGGAGUGUGAGGUAAGACAGGCCCACUAAAGACAAGGGAAGGCCUAUAACUCAAAAAACUGCCUUAGCAUGAUACUUCUGAAUGUAUUUCCUUUAUAGUGUUCCUGGAGAUUUGUUUUUCGUGUUCAGCCGACAGGUAAAUUUGAUUUGAAAACAUCGAUGGUGGUCCCGGGAAGACGU